AUGUUCUUUCUCUCCAACAUAGACCACAUUGUACGUUGGGUUCGUACGAUUUAUGCCUUCAGGUCCAAAGACAGAGGCCAUGAAGAUGCCGGCGAAGUGAUCAAGAACGCCUUGCGACAACUCCUUGUUCACUACUACCCUUUUGCUGGCCGGUUAGUGACCGUCUCCAAAGGCAAGUUGGCCGUGAGUGGCUAUGAAGAAGGCGCUGUUUUUGUAGAGGCCGAGGCAGACUGCGUCCUUGAAGAGAUCGAAGACGUCGCAAAGGUCGAUCCUACUAAGCUUCGUGAGUUCGUGUAUGAUGAUGGUAUCCACGGAGGUGUCAAACCGUUGGAACAUUGCCCGCUUUUGAUCGGACAGGUGACCAAGUUGAAAUGCGGAGGGUUCGUGCUUGGAUUGUGUGUGAGUCACUGCCUCGCCGACGGUGUCACCGUGACUGAGUUGGUGAACUCAUGGUCCGAGUUAGCUAGAGGAAUGCCCUCAAUCUCCAUCCUUCCAAGUUUCGACAAAACCACGGUCCAACCUCGCGACCCACCAAAGGUCGACUUCCCUCAUCCAGAAUUCAUGGAGAUAGAAGCCAAAACAUCCAUUUCUCACGAGCACUCCUCGAGAAAAGAAUCAAUGGUGUACAAGAUCUUCCCUCUGAGCAACAAAAAGAUAGAGAACCUCAAAGCAACAACAAUGGAGGAUGUGACUAGCUGCACGACUUUCGAAUGCCUAACGAGCUUCGUGUGGCGAGCUCGAACAAGGGCGCUCGAUUUCGCACCCGAUCAAGAGGCCAAGCUCAUGGUAGCCGUGGACGUGAGGGAAAAAUUGGAUCCACCGUUGCCUAGAGGGUACGUCGGGAACGGGAUCGGUGUAGCUUGUGUAACUUGCACAGCAAGGAAGCUGCUCAGCGAUCCAUUCGCUGAGGUGGUAAUGCUAGUUCACGACUCUAUCACAAUGGUCGCGGACGAUUAUGUUAGGUCCGCGAUAGAUUACUACGAGGUGCAUAGGACCAGGCAGUCAUUGGGUUACACUAUGAUAGCGACGAAGUGGUCUAGGAUUUCCUUUUUGGCCACGGAUUUUGGAUGGGGGAAUGCGGUUCUAAUGGCGCCGGUGGCUAUACGUGACGAGAUGGUGAUUUUCUUGCCUAACAAUGGUGGAAAGGAGGUUGGAGAUAAUAAUAAUAGUGGUAUAAGUGUGUUUGUUGGUCUGCCGGAAUCAGCCAUGAAGAUCUUCGAGGGCUUGAUCGUGACCUUGAUGAAUUAA